AUGAGCAAUGGCCGCGCUUCCGUGCCUGAUGGUGUGAAAAUAUCGAAUGGCCUCACUCCACAGAAAGACAACCACUAUCCAAGCGCCAUGUCGCAGGGAGUGCAGCAAAUGUCCAUUUCGGCGUCCACGCAGGAGCUGGCCGAGCUCAUCGAUGUGCAUUUGGGUGAGCUGCGUCCAGAGUCGCCAGCCUGGCGUGUGUCCGAUUCGCCCAUUUCGGGCCGCGGAAUCUUCGCGGUGCGCGACAUCGUCAAGGGGGAGGAGUUGUUUCGGGAGCACACAUUGCUUGUGGGCCCGACAGCGCAUCGGUCCACAAAUCUGCGCACCUGCACGCUCUGCUAUCGUCUAGUACCAGGCGAAGACGAUACGGAUGCCAUGUGUCCUGCUGGCUGCGGCCUGCCCGUCUGUCCGGAGUGCGCCGUCUCCGAGCGACAUGCCAAUGAGUGCAAGCUCUUUCGCAAGUGGGAGCCCAAGGAGUUGGGCCAUAUUGAGCCACGGGCUCUUCGCAUCCUCAGUGUCGUUCGCUGCUUUUUCCUCAAUGAAGCGCAACGUCGCCUCCUCUAUGCCAUGCAGGCCAAUGCAGACAAGUACUAUAUGAAGGAGGUGGAGCGCGCCGCUGGCUGUUUCGAGCACUUUCCGCACGAACAAGAUAUGCUGGACUACUUCUACCGCACGAUAUGCGCAUUCAACACAAACGCUUUCGAGAGUCGCAGUCGGGUUGAAGGACACGAGGUGCUGGUGCGUGCGCUCUUCCCGCUGGCCGGUCUCCUGAAUCAUCAGUGCACACCCAAUGCCAGUCAUCACUUCGAGGACGCAGAAACCAUUGUGGUAACAGCAGCAGAGCGGAUACCGCAAGGCGCCGAGAUCACCAUGUCCUACACCAAGGUCCUGUGGUCGACGCUGGCUCGCAAAAUGUUCCUUGGCAUGACCAAGCACUUCAUGUGCCACUGUCCGCGCUGCGAGGAUCCCACACCACAGCCAUCGUCAUCGCCUUCGCCAUCGCCAUCGCCAACGCUGUCAUCGCGUGCCAGUCACGUGGCAGACAGAAAGCAAAGCUGCACAUACGAGUAUAUUGCGCAUACGCCCCAUGUGCGUUCAACGUUGCUGCAGUAA